UGAACAACUUGAAUGUCACUACAAGCUUCUAUACUAAUUUUAUUAAUCAUGGCUUGCUGUUCUUGAGAAGAUUUUGGCCCUUUCGUACUCAAGGGAGUCAGAUUUGACCAGAGUGGAAUACAAUUUUUCACUUUUUACAAAAAUUUCAGCUUCUAAACCCGCUUAUAUUGGACUUCAAGAAAUUGAAAGGCAUCAUCGAAUGUUAGUCAUUAAAGUUCUGGGUUGACAGCGGGUCAUAUUUGCUCCCAUCUUAAUUCACGGUGUCAAAGCGUUGUAAUCGCUUUCCACACCCAUUAUUUUACAAUUUAUCUCAAGUACUGUUCAUUCAAGGAGAGUAAUAAAAUAUUUAUAUAUACAUUAGAUAAAACAAUAGUUAGUCAAUUUUUCUUCAUCCACAUUGGAACAAUGGAUGUUCAUAUUUUCUUUGUUGUUUUAUCCGUUGGGGCUCUUGGAGAAGUUCACAUAAACGUAACAAAUUCUAUAAACCUUGGACAAGAAGACCUGACCGUUGCAUGUCGGUACAUCACAAACGACCCUGCAGUAACCGAUGUUAACUCAAUCCAGUUAUAUCGCAACACCUCCGGGCUGCUCGGCUCAGAAGAAUCAAAGACAGUUUCUAUAGUGUAUGAUCGUGGUUCCAACGCAGGCCUCAUAUCAUGGCAAGAUUCUGGAGUAGAAAUCAGAGCCAACAUUUCAGGCAACGUCGACUCCCUGUUGUCAUCAAUUCUUCUUUUACAUAUUCCCGCCAAUCAAGUGCUAUGCGAAGACGGCGCCACCUAUCGGUGUGAGUUUUCAGUGACUAGAUCAGGAUCCCCUCUUGUUGAAUUUAAUGAUGCGACCAUCCUAACCAGAGAGGGUCCCAAGGACAUUUCGUUUUCAACAUCGUCUUCUGAACAAGAACUUUUUUCGAACGCCACCUUCACUUUAUACCCAGCAAACACCUCCGUUACUCUAAUCUGCAAUGUAACGGUCGGUUCGCAACCACUAUCCAUGCAGCUUUGUUUUAAUAGUGAUUCUGAACACAGUGAAACAGGAUUUGUUCCAUUAAAUAUGUCCAGUAUUUCUGAUUCGGGGAUCAUGGCAAAUGGAGCAUGUAAUAAUUUCAGAGAAUUUCAUUUCGAAUACCACUUGGGAACAAACGUCACUGCUACCUUCCUCUGCUUAACUGGCCAAAACACGACAUGUGCGAAUGGAAUUGUGGAAGGAUCCUUCACAAUAUCAUCUGUAGAAACACAUCAAACAACAACAAAUAAUCCUAGUAGUCCGGAGACGGAAACUUGGUUCACUGCUUCUGAACCCCAGAACGGGACAUUGUUCACAACAGAUGAACCAAUUACAGAGACCAGUGAAGGCGUUACAGGAAACGAUGUCUUGCUCACAUCCAUUGAAACUGAUACUGAGAGCGAGUCCUGGGUCACGGCUACCCAACCUGAUACAGAGAACGGGACCUGGUUCACAACUAACGAGGUCGAUACAGAAUCAUGGACCAGCACGGAGUCGAACCCAGAGAACCACACCUUGUUCACAACCACUGAAUUCAGACAAGAAAACGAGACAUUAUUAUCAUCCACCAUUGUUUUAUUUUCGACCAGUUCGGAUAUCGAAGAUUUAUUAACGACUGUAGAAUCUAGCUCUGAAAAUUAUCAGAAUGCUUCAUUACCCACUGUCACACAACCGGAUUCCACAAAUGGCAGAACUACGGACAAUGAAAUGGUGUCCCAAUCCACAGAACCAAACCUUCCUGAUAAUGGAGGAUCAACCGAGGAUGUCACGAGUCAUGUUAUGGCUACAGAGACUGUACACGCAAUCACAGAGGAUUUGUCAACAGACAUCAUGAAUAACUCGACAUCCAUAUCAGUUGUAACCGAGAAUACAUCACAACAGACAACAUCAGAAAAAGAAUUCACCAACUCUUCUCUAGCUCCCAUUACAACAAAUUCUUUUUCUACGCUUACAGACUUCAAUUCCAAUGAGGAAACAUCAGAAGACACGACACUUGUAUUCAGUACCAUGGCUACAGAAACGAGUUCUAUCGAUUCCAUUGGAGACAUGACUUCGUCUUUGUACCACAGCAGUACAAUUUCCAAUAACACUGGUACUACCAGAAGUAGCAUCAUAAGUUCUUCCCAGGAAGAUUCAACAAGUUCAACGCUUUUAACGACAUCUUCUGAUUCACCAAACACACCGUCUUCCACAACAAUAGGUGCUCCCCUCACUUCUACAACAGGUACUCCCUUCACUACAACAACCCGCGCCCCUGUUACUUCCACGCCCGGCAGAGAGACCACUACAGGUGCAAGUUUCCAGAAAGCUCGCUCUUCCGUUCUAAAUUCCAACGCCUAUUUGCUCGUGAUUGUUUGUAUUUUACUAGCUUAGUAUACACUGCAUCAGAUGUAUGCUGCGAGUUACUUGUACGAGGUCCCCAAGUCUAAACGAUCA